CGGCGGCGCGGUCGGAGGGGGCCGGCGCGCAGAGCCAGACGCCGCCGCCGCUUGUUUUGGUUGGGGCUCUCGGCAACUCUCCGAGGAGGAGGAGGAGGGAGGAGGGGAGAAGUAACUGCAGCGGCAGCGCCUCCCUAGGAACAGGCGUCUUCCCCGAACCCUUCAAAACCUCCCCCAUCGCCUCUCGCCCUUGCCCCCUCCCCUCCUCCCCUGCCGACUGGAGCGAGGGGCAGGGAUGAGCCUGUCCCUCCGGUCGGUCCCCAGCUGCACUGGCUGCCUGGUAGCGUUUCGCAUGGAAAAGCCACUUUCUCCGCCCGCCGAGAUGGGCCCGAAUGGGGGCUGCAGAGGACGCGCCCGCGGGCGGCGGCAGCAGCAGCAGCAGCAGCAACAGCCGCAGCGCCGCGGUCUCUGCGAUUGAGCUGGUAUUUGGGCGGCUGGUGGCGGCUGGGACGGUUGGGGGGUGGGAGGAGGCGAAGGAGGAGGAGGGAGAACCCCGUGCAACGUUGGGACUUGGCAACCCGCCUCCCCCUGCCCAAGGAUAUUUAAUUUGCCUCGGGAAUCGCUACUUCCAGAGGGGAACUCAGGAGGGAAGGCGCGCGCGCGCGCGCUCCUGGAGGGGCACCGCAGGGACCCCCGACUGUCGCCUCCCCGCGCCAGACUCCAGCUGGGGCCACGAGAGAUGCAUCUUCGCCCCUUCCUGGUGGCGGCGGCGGCUGAGAGGAGACUUGGCUCUCGGAGGAUCGGGGCUGCCCUCACCCCGGACGCACUGCCUCCCCGCCGGGCGUGAAGCGCCCGAAAACUCCGGUCGGGCUCUCUCCUUGGCUCAGCAGCUGCGUCCUCCUUCAGCAGCCCCUCCCCGGCACGGGGGGCGGCGUGGAUUUCGGAGUCGGGGUUUCUGCUGCCUCCAGCCCUGUUUGCAUGUGCGGGGCCGCAGCGAGGAGCCUCCGCCCCCCACCCGGUUGUUUUUCGGCGCCUCCCUCUGCUCAGCGGCAGUGGUGGCGGCAGCAGCAUGGCGAGCCCUCCGGAGAGCGAUGGCUUCUCGGACGUGCGCAAGGUGGGCUACCUGCGCAAACCCAAGAGCAUGCACAAACGCUUCUUCGUACUGCGCGCGGCCAGCGAGGCUGGGGGCCCGGCGCGCCUCGAGUACUACGAGAACGAGAAGAAGUGGCGGCACAAGUCGAGCGCCCCCAAACGCUCUAUCCCCCUUGAGAGCUGCUUCAACAUCAACAAGCGGGCUGACUCCAAGAACAAGCACCUGGUGGCUCUCUACACCCGGGACGAGCACUUUGCCAUUGCGGCGGACAGCGAGGCGGAGCAAGACAGCUGGUACCAGGCUCUCCUACAGCUACACAACCGUGCCAAGGGUCACCACGACGGAGCUGCGGCCCUCGGGGCGGGAGGUGGCGGGGGCAGCUGCAGCGGCAGCUCCGGCCUUGGUGAGGCCGGGGAGGACUUGAGCUACGGUGACGUGCCCCCAGGACCCGCGUUCAAAGAGGUCUGGCAGGUGAUCCUGAAGCCCAAGGGCCUGGGUCAGACAAAGAACCUGAUUGGUAUCUACCGCCUCUGCCUGACCAGCAAGACCAUCAGCUUCGUGAAGCUGAACUCGGAGGCAGCCGCCGUGGUGCUGCAGCUGAUGAACAUCAGGCGCUGCGGCCACUCGGAGAACUUCUUCUUCAUCGAGGUGGGCCGUUCUGCCGUGACGGGGCCCGGGGAGUUCUGGAUGCAGGUGGAUGACUCCGUAGUGGCCCAGAACAUGCACGAGACCAUCCUGGAGGCCAUGCGGGCUAUGAGCGAUGAGUUCCGCCCUCGCAGCAAGAGCCAGUCCUCGUCCAACUGCUCCAACCCCAUCAGCGUCCCCCUGCGCCGGCACCAUCUCAACAACCCCCCGCCCAGCCAGGUGGGGCUGACCCGCCGAUCUCGCACUGAGAGCAUCACCGCCACCUCCCCGGCCAGCAUGGUGGGCGGGAAGCCAGGCUCCUUCCGCGUCCGCGCCUCCAGUGACGGCGAAGGCACCAUGUCCCGCCCAGCCUCGGUGGAUGGCAGCCCUGUGAGUCCGAACACCAACAGAACCCACGCCCACCGGCAUCGGGGCAGCGCCCGGCUGCACCCCCCGCUCAACCACAGCCGCUCCAUCCCCAUGCCAGCUUCCCGCUGCUCGCCUUCGGCCACCAGCCCCGUCAGUCUGUCGUCCAGCAGCACCAGUGGCCAUGGCUCCACCUCGGAUUGUCUCUUCCCACGGCGAUCUAGUGCUUCGGUGUCUGGUUCCCCCAGCGAUGGCGGUUUCAUCUCCUCAGAUGAGUAUGGCUCCAGUCCCUGCGAUUUCCGGAGUUCCUUCCGCAGUGUAACUCCAGAUUCCCUGGGCCACACCCCACCAGCCCGCGGUGAGGAGGAGCUAAGCAACUAUAUCUGCAUGGGCGGCAAGGGGCCCUCCACCCUGACCGCCCCCAACGGUCACUACAUUUUGUCUCGGGGUGGCAAUGGCCACCGCCACACCCCAGGAACAGGCUUGGGCACGAGUCCAGCCUUGGCUGGGGAUGAAGCAUCCAGUGCUGCGGAUCUGGAUAAUCGCUUCCGAAAGAGAACUCACUCUGCAGGCACAUCCCCUACCAUUACCCACCAGAAGACCCCGUCCCAGUCCUCAGUGGCUUCCAUUGAGGAGUAUACAGAGAUGAUGCCUGCCUACCCACCAGGAGGUGGCAGUGGAGGCCGACUGCCGGGACACAGGCACUCUGCCUUCGUGCCCACCCACUCCUACCCAGAGGAGGGUCUGGAAAUGCACCCCUUGGAGCGUCGGGGGGGCCACCACCGCCCAGACAGCUCUACCCUCCACACUGAUGAUGGCUACAUGCCCAUGUCCCCAGGGGUGGCCCCAGUGCCCAGCAGCCGAAAGGGCAGUGGAGACUAUAUGCCCAUGAGCCCCAAGAGCGUGUCUGCCCCACAGCAGAUCAUCAAUCCCAUCAGACGCCAUCCCCAGAGAGUGGACCCCAAUGGCUACAUGAUGAUGUCCCCCAGCGGCGGCUGCUCUCCUGACAUUGGAGGUGGCCCCAGCAGCAGCAGCAGUGCCAUCCCUUCCGGGAGCAGCUAUGGAAAGCUGUGGACAAACGGGGUAGGGGGCCACCACUCUCAUGUCUUGCCUCACCCCAAACCCCCAGUGGAGAGCAGCGGUGGCAAGCUCUUACCUUGCACAGGUGACUACAUGAACAUGUCACCAGUGGGGGACUCCAACACCAGCAGCCCCUCCGACUGCUACUGUGGCCCUGAGGACCCCCAGCACAAGCCAGUCCUCUCGUACUACUCAUUGCCAAGAUCCUUUAAGCACACCCAGCGCCCCGGGGAGCCAGAGGAGGGUGCCCGGCAUCAGCACCUCCGCCUUUCCACUAGCUCUGGUCGCCUUCUCUAUGCUGCAGCAGCGGAUGAUUCUUCCUCCUCCACCAGCAGCGACAGCCUGGGUGGGGGAUACUGUGGGGCUAGGCUGGAGCCCAGCCUUCCACAUCCCCACCAUCAGGUUCUGCAGCCCCAUCUGCCUCGAAAGGUGGACACGUCUGCUCAGACCAAUAGCCGCCUGGCCCGGCCUACAAGGCUGUCCCUGGGGGAUCCCAAGGCCAGCACCUUACCUCGGGCCCGAGAGCAGCAGCAGCAGCAGCAGCAGCAGCAGCAACAGCAGCCCCUGCUGCACCCUCCGGAGCCCAAGAGCCCAGGGGAAUAUGUGAAUAUUGAAUUCGGGAGUGAUCAGCCUGGCUACUUGUCUGGCCCGGUGGCUUCCCGUAGCUCACCUUCUGUCAGGUGCCCAUCCCAGCUCCAGCCAGCUCCCAGAGAGGAAGAGACUGGCACUGAGGAGUACAUGAAGAUGGACCUGGGGCCGGGCCGGAGGGCAGCCUGGCAGGAGAGCACUGGGGUCGAGAUGGGCAGACUGGGCCCCGCACCUCCCGGGGCUGCUAGCAUUUGCAGGCCUACCCGGGCAGUGCCCAGCAGCCGGGGUGACUAUAUGACCAUGCAGAUGAGUUGUCCCCGCCAGAGCUAUGUGGACACCUCGCCAAUUGCCCCUGUAAGCUAUGCUGACAUGCGGACAGGCAUUGCUGCAGAGGAGGUGAGCCUGCCCAGGGCCACCAUGGCUGCUGCCUCCUCAUCCUCAGCAGCCUCUGCUUCCCCCACUGGGCCUCAAGGGGCAGCAGAGCUGGCUGCCCACUCAUCCCUGCUGGGGGGCCCACAAGGACCUGGGGGCAUGAGCGCCUUUACCCGGGUGAACCUCAGUCCUAACCGCAACCAGAGUGCCAAAGUGAUCCGUGCAGACCCACAAGGGUGCCGGAGGAGGCAUAGCUCCGAGACCUUCUCCUCAACACCCAGUGCCACCCGGGUGGGCAACACAGUGCCCUUUGGAGCCGGGACAGCAAUAGGGGGCGGUGGCGGCAGCAGCAGCAGCGAGGAUGUGAAACGCCACAGCUCUGCUUCCUUUGAGAAUGUGUGGCUGAGGCCUGGGGAACUUGGGGGAGCCCCCAAGGAGCCAGCCCAACUGUGUGGGGCUGCUGGGGGUUUGGAGAAUGGUCUUAACUACAUAGAUCUGGAUUUGGUCAAGGAUUUCAAACAGCGCCCUCAGGAGUGCAGCCCUCAACCGCAGCCUCCCCCACCCCCACCUCCUCAUCAACCCCUGGGUAGCAGUGAGAGCAGCUCCACCCGCCGCCGCUCAAGUGAGGAUUUAAGCGCCUAUGCCAGCAUCAGUUUCCAGAAGCAGCCAGAGGACCUUCAGUAGCUCAACUGGACAUCACAGCAGAAUGAAGACCUAAAUGACCUCAGCAAAUCCUCCUCUAACUCAUGGGUGCCCAGACUCUAAAUAUUUCACGAUUCACAACUAGGACCUCAUGUCUUCCUCAUCAGUAGAUGGUACGAUGCAUCCAUUUCAGUUUGUUUACUUUAUCCAAUCCUCAGGAUUUUAUUGACUGAACUGCACGUUCUAUAUUGUGCCAAGCAAAAAAAAAAAAAAAAAAAAAAAAAAGCACUGUGACACCAGAACAAGGAGUCUGCAUAAACUUCAUCUUCAACCUUAAGGACUUAGCUGGCUACAAUGAGCUGAUGUGCCCAUCACCAUGUCAUGAGAGAAUGGGUUUACUCUCAAUGCAUUUACAAGAUCCAUUUCAUCUGCUGCUGAAACUGUGUACGACAAAGCAUCAUUGUAAAUUAUUUCAUACAAAACUGUUCACGUUGGGUGGAGAGAGUAUUAAAUAUUUAACAUAGGUUUUGAUUUAUAUGUGUAAUUUUUUUAAUGAAAAUGUAACUUCUCUUACAGCACAUCUUUUUUUUGGAUGUGGGACGGAGAUAUACAAUGUUCUGUUGUAAAGAGUGGAGCAAAUGCUUAAAACAAGGCUUAAAAGAGUAGAAUAGGGUAUGAUCCUUGUUUUCAAGAUUGUAAUUCAGAAAAAAUAAUAUAAGAAUCAUAGUGCCAUAGAUGGUCCUCAAUUGUAUAGUUAUAUUUGCUGAUACUAUCUCUUGUAAUAUAAAUCUGAUGUUGAGCUGAGUUCCUCAUAAGAAGUACUCUUAAUUUUGUAUUUUUUCCUAUAAGACAAUAGGCCAUGUUAAUUAAACUGAAGAAGGAUAUAUUUGACUGGGUGUUUUUAAGUGUCAGCUUAAAAUUGGCAAUUGAAUGGAAGCAAAAUUAUAAGAAGAGGAAAUCAAAGUCUUCCAUUGUAUAUAUUGUAAAGAGAAGGAGAUGGGUGAUUCCUUCAAAUCAAAAACUGUCUUUGGAAUGAACAAUGUGGGUGUUUAUAAAUUCUGGAAAUGUCUUUCUAUUCAUAAUAAACUAGAUACUGUUGAUCUUUUCUUCUCUCCCUCCCCCCACCACUUCUGUAAGUUUCCACUCUAUUCCCACCAUUUUUUUUCUGUGCACACAUUAUGAUAUAUUUCAUUUCCUGCAUUGUCUUGAGAAAGAUGAUAAGACAAGUGAGGUCUUGCUAACCAGAAAUUAAAAUUCCAGAAAGUGUUUUGCAUUAUGACCAGGGCUACGUGUCACUUUCCCUAAGACCCUUACCUUAUCUCGUAUUUUUUGAGAACUUCCAGUGUUACAUUAUUUAACUGAAUGUAAUUGGCCCAUUUGCCUUGGUGGGUGCUGGCCUAUUAGUGAUUAGUUAAUAACACACAGUAUACAGAGAGCACAUAAAAGCUUAAUGAUCUGCUACUGAAACAUCUAGCCAGCAGUGAAAAUGUUAAUUCUUUUCUUGUUUGGAAAGUAUACACGUCUUGGAAUUUUUUCCAUGUGAAAAAGAAAUGGCAAUGAAUGCAUUUAAAGAUAUUGCCGACAGAUUUUUAAAUCUUUUUUACCAGGACACUUCUGAAAGGUUAAAUGAAUUAAUGCACUUAUCAGGCUCCUUCUGAGUCUGUGUGAGCCUCUAUCUCUCUCUCAGGAAUUCCCAGCCCUACUAUUGGAAGGAGCAACAUUUUAUUUCUCUGAACACCUAAGCUCCCUGGGUGGGAGUGGGGACUACAAAGUAGGGGCCAGGGUUGGAGGGCAUUGUGGUGGCUGCUGCCUCCUGAUGAACUGUGUGGGGACCCCAGCUCUACUCAAAAGGGAGCAGAGAUAAAUGGAACCCCUCACACUGCUGAGGCCCGUGUUACUGUUCAUUCAACCAGAUGGCAUGUACCUCACAGACUGUUGUGCAAUGUUCAUUGUUGCAGAUUUUAAUCAUUUGCAUGCUCAUCAAUUUCUAAGAUAAAUAGGGUCUAGAGUCAUAAGAAUCCAUUGUUUUCAAGGAACUUGCAGAAUUACAUCAUUUCCUAUUAGUAGAGAGGACUACCCAUUUUGAAAAUCUGAUAUGAAAGUUGUUUUUUACUCUUUUGUAAAAAAGACUUUCUUAGUCAAACUAACUUUUCAUAUUUUCAAGCAUUCUGAUUCAUACGCUUGCUAGUGGAAGACGAGAGCAAGCUGCCCUGCUCUUUUCCUUUGAGGACUGAAAUAGUUAAAGAGAAAUCAAUGAAGAAAGUCACUCCCAACCGUUUUCCUGUAAAGCUGGUUAUUAUUUCUCAAGGAACCUACACUUUGAAUAUGUGUUACCGAGAUACCUCUGCAUGUGGAAUUAUCAACAUGUUUUGGAUGAGAGCAGAAAUGAACAGACUGGAAAAAUCUAUCUCUUGGUUUCUAUUUCUCUGACUUUUUGAGUCAAAUAGCAUAAAGGUAGAAAUUCUUAUUUAAGCUGCUUCUAGUGGUACCUGAGCUGGUUUUGAUGGUGGCAUCAAACUACCAAUUUAAAACUGGAAGUUGCUGGUACUCAAACCAAAAACUCAUGCUCUGGCAACACAAGGGGUUUCCUUUGAGCAAUGUCAGUCAGCUGCUAAGUCCUUGUGUUCAGUUCCCAUUGAGGAGAGUUGGCUUUUAUCCAUUUCAAAGGAUUUGUAGGCCAGCCAAGGGCUUUCAUUAUUGAGGCUUCUAGUGGCCUCUGGUUAACCUAGAAGUUAGUGGGUUUUUCUUCAUGACACCAACCUCUCACAGCGUUCUUCCUUAGAGACUUAGGCAGAGUUUUAAAAUCCUCUUUUAUGAAAAGAACAAAUAUGUUUCAUGACUUUGAUGAUAUCUUCAUUCUGGGCAAAAGAAUGGCCCUAGAACCAGCUAGAAGGGAAGAGAAUCCAUUAAUGAUCAACCACCUGAGUCAAUAAUGACAAAUCAGUACCGAUGUUACAUUUGUGGCUAUUUCUUGCUGACUUUCAAAGGUCAAGGACUCUCUUGACUAAUCUAGUGACUGCAAAAAUGGAUCUACUAAAAAUCAUCUAGCCAGAAGUAGAGAUUUUUAACCUUUCCUUCUCUGGCUUUUGUCUUCUAGCUAUCAUUUAAAUUUGAGACAUUUGAAGUAUUAAGAAACAAUUUUUCUGUAUGGUAAGAAACAGUAUUUUACAAUACUGAAGCCCUAUUUUAUUCAGUCUUGCAUCCUGAAUGCAAUAUAACACAAAGUCGGAAACUUUUAUUUACUGCAGAUGGUUAAAAAAAGGGCCGGGGGGGAGGUGGUAAGGGUUUCACCAUCCACUGACAAUGAGAGCCAUGAAAAAUAGUAUCCAUGUGCAGUCUUCCAACUGCUGGUGACAGUGAUCCUAUAUUUGAUCUCAUGCUGCUUUUGCAGAGUGCUCUGUAGGUCAGUCCAUCACACAAGGAGGCCCUGAAUCCAGACACUGUGAAUCAAGACCUUGACUGGGGAGAGACAGGACCCUUUUGGUAGGAAUGGGAAGGAGAAUGGGUGGAAGCCAAUAUGAAAUUUCUUCUUUGCAAUGACUUGACAUGGGAGUUAAUGUUCCUAGGAUACCAUGAAUGAUGAAUGUUAGUUGGAGGUAAUGUAUAUGUGUGUGUGUGUGUGUGUAUAUAUAUAUGACGUGUGUGUGUGUAUGUGACGUGUGUGUGGGGUGUGUGUGUAUAUAGAUAUACACUAGAUAUAUAGAUGUAUAUAUACAUCUGUAUAUGUAUAUGUGUGUAUAGGCUUGUGAGAAACUUGAGAGGAAGAAGCAUGCUCUAGGAAUGUGAGGAAAUAUGACCUUGCCAAGACUAAAACACCUCCAGAAUGUGAGCUCAGGGAGAACAAAAACAGCCCCAUAGUCAGUAGAACACCGAGGAUAAACACUGGUGCCGUGGGUCAUUUCGGAGGCAGCACCACAGAAGAUCUUCGUAGUCCUUCCAUAGUUCUGUAAGUCUGUCUCCUAAGUAUGGGUAGAGAAAGUGUAACCUGUUGUGUGUCUCCCACUGCUUGUAAACAGAGCAUCAUAUUAAGUGCAGGGAGGAGGUGGAAUGAUAUUGGAGGUGCUUAACCCUCCUCGAGGAAUUUAUUAUGAAUAAAGAGCUUAUAAUUAGCUAAUAUGAUCAGAAAACACAUGACUUACGUGGAGAGUUAUCUUUCUUUUCUAGUUUGUGAAUGACUUGCCAUUUGUGACAGAUACACCAAAAAGAUCUGGUGUUUUAGACUUCUGCCAUUCACCUGGCAUUUAAAUCUCUCUUUCCUUAUGCUGUUAACCAGUAUGCCAUAGGAUAGGAUAAAUUCAGUAAACAAGAAAACUUGUCCGUAUUUGCAUAGACAUUUGUAGGGUUUUUUGUUUUUUUUUUUUCCUUUUUAGAACUUCGCCAUUGGCUUAAGAAUGUAGUUCCCCAAACAAUUUUUUUCUUGCAAAGUACUUUCCUUACACCUCUGGGCUACAGGGUGGGCCAAAUUAAACACAUAUGUAUUUUCAUUUAAUGUAUGUGUAGUUUGGUUUGUCAUCUUAAGAUGGUGGUGCUGUCCCUGGUGCUACUUCAUCUGUGUACACAAAGACCAAUGCAUGGUCUGUAUUGCUACCAAAACAUUUACUGUAUAUAUGUGUAUAACAUGUAUUAUGUAUAUAUGUAAUGGGUACCAGGCCAGGUAUAUAUUUUUUAUUUAGAAGUGUUUCACUUUUCCAAGUUUUCUUUAUAGUGUUAUGCUUAUUUUCAAUUUUUUUUUUUCCUGAUUCUGUCUGGUACUUAGAAUUGUAGUGUCUUUAUCAUCAAUUAAAGAAAACUGUCUAAAUGAA